AUGGCUACAGCAGUUUCCGCCAACACAGCCUCGUCUGUCCCACCCCCAACUGUCCAGGGCGGCGUUGGUGCUUACAAGGAAAUCAACAACACAACCGGCUUCCUUGAGGAGAAUGAAUUGAAGGGCACCGGCAAGUUCUCUGCAGCUGCCUAUCCUCAUUAUCUGCCGGUAUGGGAUAACGAGAAGGGACAAAAAUAUCCUCCCCUGGAGCCGUUCGAGCACUACGAGCAUGGCAAAGACGCCGAUCCGUCCUUCCCGAACUUGUUGAAGGAAGGGGUCAAGAUCGAGAACAUCACCGCCUCCAUCGGCGCAGAAGUUACGGGCGUCCAGCUGUCCCAGUUGGACGACAAGGGUAAAGAUGAGCUGGCGCUGUUGGUUGCCCAACGAAAGGUCGUGGCCUUCCGAGACCAAGACUUCGCAAACCUUCCCAUUGAGAAGGCCUUGGAGUUUGGACGGUACUUUGGCAGACUACACAUCCACCCUACCAGUGGAGCACCUGCGGGAUAUCCUGAAGUCCACCUUGUCCACCGCGGCGCCGAUGACCGUUCUUUCCUGGACUUCUUGAGCAGCCGGACCAACUCCAUCGCCUGGCACAGCGAUGUCACUUACGAGAAUCAGCCUCCGGGCACCACUUUCCUCUAUGGUCUCGACGUUCCGGACGCGGGUGGCGACACCCUCUUCGUUAACCAGGCAAAGGCCUACGAGAGACUGUCGCCCGCUUUCCGCGAGCGUCUGGCGGGCCUCCAGGCUGUUCAUUCGGGAUACGAGCAAGCCAUAAGCGCCGAGAACAGAGGUUCUUUCGUCAGAAGAAACCCGGUCUCGUCCAUUCAUCCGGUUGUGAGAACUCACCCUGCGACUGGGGAGAAGGCGUUGUAUGUCAACCCGCAGUUCACCCGUUAUAUCGUCGGCUUUAAACAAGAGGAGAGCGACUAUCUGCUCAAGUUUUUGUAUGACCACAUCGCUUUGAGCCAAGAUCUGCAAUGCAGAGUUAGAUGGAAGCCGAACACCGUUGUUGUGUGGGACAACCGCGUUACUGCACACUCUGCCCUGAUUGACUGGGAGGACGGUCAGCGACGACACAUCGCUCGCAUCACUCCCCAGGCGGAGCGUCCGUACGAAUAA